GUUAAAUAUUAGUAAAUCAACGCUUUUAGUUAAUGUCACAAAUUAAAGUUGGUUAAUUCAAAUUAUUAAUGCCACAAAUUAAAUAAUGUACUACUUUUAGUUAAUUAAUAAUAUUAAUGUACUUAUAUAUUAUUUUGAUUAUAAUAUAUAUACAGGCAUAAUGUAUAGACAAAACAGAAGUUGGAUGUACCAAAAACAUCGUGAUAACUAUGGAAUACGCAGUGAAUUUUUGAAUGGUGUUGAAGAUUUUAUUAAAUUUGCACAAGAACAGAAGAAUUAUAUGGAUGGAGAUAAAAUCAGAUGUCCAUGUACAAAGUGUAAAAAUCUUCAAUUUAAAGAUGUCGACCAAGUUGUGUGGGAUUUGUACGAAAAAGGUUUCGUUGCCAAUUAUUAUAAUUGGACUUCUCAUGGUGAACCUUUCGAUCCAUCACUUUUACCGCAACCAGUGGGUUCAUCUCGUAACGUCCCUACCGAGAUGAGUGGAUGGGGAGACUAUGAUCAAAUGACGUGGGAUCAAAGAAUGGCAUAUGAUGUAUACGGUGCUUCAACGAUGCAGUUUAACCCACCACAGCCAUUUAACGAUCUUCCCGAAGCUUCGACCUCGUAUCAACCCGAUGCGGAUGAAGAUCAGACCUUUUAUCAGUCUGCUGUGGAUGAGUAUCAGAAUUCUCAUGUUCCUCAUAUUGAAGACUUAGCUGAAAGAUUUCAAGAUGUUUUAAAAGCUGCUGAUCAGCCUCUGUAUGCUGAUUGUGAGGGAUACUCUCAGCUAUCCGCCGUUACAGAGUUGAUGAACAUUAAAUCUGAAUACAAUCUUCCUGAAUCUUGCAUGUCUAGGUUAUUGCAGUCAUUUGGAGGAAUGUUACCGCGUGACCAUAAUCUUCCUGAUUCAUAUUACAAAAUGAAACAAUUAAUGUCUCAGUUGGGGCUUCCUUGUAUAGAAAUUGAUGCGUGUCCAGAAGGAUGUAUGUUGUUCUGGAAGGAUGAUGUGGCACUUGAGACCUGCAAGUUCUUUGGUGGAAAGAGAUACAAGCCUGUUCCUCAUAGACGAAAAAAACCACGAAAAAGGUCUGCAUUGUCUAAAUUGUUUUACCUCCCUCUAGCUCCACGCCUGCAGAGGAUGUAUGCUUCAAAUGCUACUGCGAAACACAUGACGUGGCAUGUUGAGCACGAAACCAAAGAGGGUUUGAUGUCUCACCCUUCCGACUGUGAAGCUUGGAGACACUUUGACCGUUGUCAUCCUCAGUUUGCAAUGGAGCCACGGAAUGUGCGACUGGGAUUGUGUUCAGACGGAUUUGCUGCUUUUGGAAAGUUUGGGAAGAAAUUUUCAUGUUGGCCAGUCAUGUUAACUCCUUAUAAUCUUCCUCCCGACAUGUGCAUGAAAAGUCAUUUCAUCUUUUUAACUUUAAUUUGUCCAGGUCCCUCGGAUCCUAAAAAAAGGAUAGACAUCUAUCUCCAACCCCUGAUCGAGGAGAUGAAAGAACUUUGGGCCAUUGGGACACCAACUUAUGAUGUUUCGAGAGAUCAGAUGUUUAUCAUGAAAGCUGCCAUCAUUUGGACCAUUAGCGACUUCCCUGCUUAUGGUAUGCUUUCAGGAUGGAGCACACACGGUCUUAUGGGAUGUCCGAUAUGUAUGGAUCAAUCAGAGGCCAAUUGGCUCAAAUUUAGCGGGAAACCAAGUUACUUUGAUUGUCACCGCAAAUUUCUGCCUAUGAACCAUCGAUAUCGAAAGGACAAGAAGUCUUUUAUUGCCGGAAGAGUGGUACGAGAUCCCCCUCCUCCGAGACUUACAGGUGAACAAGUUUUUAACCGGGUUCGACGUUUUCCUACGGCCGUGCAGCAACCUCACGGGGAGCCAAAUGGGUAUUGUGAUACCCAUAAGUGGACAAAGAGAAGUAUAUUUUGGGAGUUUCCGUAUUGGAAGGACCUUCUCAUUCGUAACAAUUUAGAUGUCAUGCACGUUGAGAAGAACGUCUUUGACAAUAUAUUUAACACGGUUAUGGAUUUUACCCACAAAACCAAAGAUGGUCUUGCAUCUAGAAAAGACAUGACAAUUUGGUGCGACAGACCCGAACUCGCCGUCGAUCUAGAAUACGUGGGUAAAAAAAUUCCAAGAGCAGUCUACCAACUCACAGCCCCACAAAGGGAAUCAAUAUUAGAGUGGCUUGUUUCUCUGAACUUUCCAGAUGGCUAUUGUUCUAACUUGUCAAGAUGCGUGGACCUAGACAAACAAACAAUGACGUCGAGCAUGAAAACUCAUGAUGCUCAUGUAAUCAUGCAACGACUUCUGCCGAUUGCACUGAAAAAGAUGUUUCCUGCAGACGUCUGGGGCUGUAUUACCGAAAUCAGUCAAUUGUUUCAGUCGAUAUGUUCCGCCGUUUUGGAUGCCGAAUCCCUGAGGAGACUAGAAGACACUGUUCCUAUUCUGAUGUGUAAUCUGGAAAAGAUACUGCCCCCAUCAUUUUUUGAUGUAAUGGAACAUCUUCUAAUACAUCUUCCGUAUGAGGCUUUGAAUGGAGGGCCCGUCUUCUAUCGUUGGAUGUACGGAUUUGAAAGAUUUCUGGGAGAUUUGAAAAAGAAAGCGACCAACAAGGCACACAUUGAGGCUUCAAUUUGUCAAGCAUAUAUUCAACAAGAAACCUCAACGUUUUCAUCUUUUUAUUUUGAGCGUGAAGUAAUCAGUAAAAGAAAGAGACCUGCUCGGAACGAUGACAUUGGCGAGGAUUCAUAUGAUAAAGUAGUUUCUAUUUUCAACUACCCAGGUAGAGGUAAAGGAGCUGCGACUUACCGUUACAUCGUGGGCGGAGAAAUGAAAAUUGGACAUACUUACAUCCUCAUGAAUUGUCCAGAAAUCUUACCAUUUUAUAAUGAAUUUAGAGCGUCUUUAUCAGCAUUUCCUGAUGAUGCAAUUGAUGCAAUGGUGGACUCUGACUUUGCAUUAUGGUACCAACAGCAGGUAUUAUAUAUAUAUAUAUAAAUACAUUAUAUAUACUAUUAGCUAGUAAUUUUUAAUCAUUACCUAAUGUUAUCAUGUUUUAAUUUGCAGAUCAGGUACCGUGGGAUUAACGACCCUCUGUUAGUAUCCUUAUCGUGGGGCCCUUCUUCCUAUGCAAAGGUUUGGCAUUCAUAUGUGAUAAACGGUUAUACGUAUCACACAGUUGAAUAUGGAGAAGGUCGACCAACAAUGAACAGCGGGUUACGUGUCCCGACCAUCGGUUCUGAUAACUCGGAAACCAAUUUUUUUGGUUUCUUGCAUGAGAUUCUCGAACUUCAAAUGCCUUCUGGUUUGCAAGAAUUAACAUGCGUGUUGUUUCGCUGCACAUGGGUCGACCCUACACGUGGUGUGAGAAAAAAUUCAAAAUAUAAUAUAAUUGACGUCAACCACUCUCGUGUGUAUCAGAAAAAUGAGCCAUUUAUACUCGCUCAACAAGCAGCCCAGGUUUAUUAUGCAGAGUAUCCUUCAACGAGGCGCACACGGAAUCCUUGGGUGUGUGCCAUUAAUAUCCGUCCGAGCAAAAUUGUAACACAGGCUCAACAAAGGGAUAUUGACUUUGAUGCUUUUCAGCAAGAUUUUUUCCACCCUCCGCCUAUUGCUGAUACGGUCAACCAUAACAUUCAGUUAAGUGACCCAAAUGGCGGAGAUGUUGAAGUUAUGCCUGAAACACACCUUCCGCCCCCUAUACCUCAAAAUGAGCGCGAAAUUGAAGAAUUAUAUAUACAACAACUGCACGAUGACCAGGAGGAAGAAGAAGAAUGGAUAUCUGGUGAUGAAGAUACAGAAGAAGAAGUUGCCUAUCAAGAAAAUACUGAUUCUGAUAGCGAUUAAAUGUAUACUUAACAACCAAUGUAAUUACUUUUAAUUGAACUAUUUUAAUUUGAAUUUUUAACUUUCUUUCGUCAUUAUUAUAUUAUUCCAAGAUAUAAUAGUUAGGUAUGUAAUUCGCAACUAUCAUUUCUAAACAAAAUAAUUAUUACAUAUUAUAUUGUAAAAUAGCGAUUAAUUAAUUAAUAAAAUUAAGUUUUUAAAAUUAUUCAAUUGAAAAUUAGUGGUUCAUUAUUAUCGAUUCGUAAAUUUAAAAUUAAUUAGGUAAUUUCGAAAAUCGAAAAUUAAAUAAUUCGAAAUUUAACAUUAUUUAAAAUUCGGAAAUUAGUUUUUUA